GUACACCGCAUGCGCGAGCACAUGAGGAAAAGUGUCAGCCAUCAUUUUAUAGAUCUUUCAUCUCGGUGUAGUUUGUCUUUAUCCAUGAAAGACAAUAGUUAAACAUAAAUUAGUCAAUAUCAAAUAAUAAUAGUAUGGCAGAUUAUGGAGACGCUAACCCUUUUGCAGAUCCUGAGGCGGCAAACCCCUUCGAGGACCCUUCAGUAAAACAAGCCAGAGGACAGAGGCAAGCAGGAAUGGAUGAUUACAAUCCAUUUGCUGAUGGUGGAACUAAACCAGCUGCUGCUCAGCAGCCUCAAGUUCCAGCCCCCCAGAGGCCGCAACCAGCCACCACCCAGCCUGCCGUGAUGCAGCCGUCAGAGCCACCAGCAUACACCCCAACUCCAGCACAGAGUGUCAGCACUGAUGACUUACAGAAGAGACAAGAGGAAUUGGAAAGGAAAGCAGCAGAACUGGCUAGGAAGGAACAGGAAAUGCGCUCAAUGCAGUAUGAUGCACGGGCAAACAACUGGCCUCCACUACCAAAAUGGUGUUGUGUAGGUCCCUGUUUUUACCAAGACUUUAAUGUGGACAUACCAUUAGAAUUCCAGAGAAUUGUGAAGCUGCUUUAUUAUUUAUGGAUGUUCCAUGCAUGUGUGCUUGUCCUCAAUGUGCUGGGUAGUCUUGCUUAUUUCAUCUCUAAGUCCAAGGAUCCAAGCGCUAACAGCAGUGGAGCAGGAGUGACUUUUGGACUGUCCAUAUUGUUCUUUAUUCUAUUUACUCCUUGCUCAUUUAUCUGCUGGUACAGACCCGUCUAUAAAGCAUUCAGGAGUGACAGUUCCUUCAACUUCUUUGUCUUCUUUUUUGUGUUUUUUAUUCAAUUUGUUGCCCACAUAAUUGAAUGCCUUGGAAUCGACAGUGCUGGAUCUGUUGGAAUUAUCUCUGCCUUGAGCAUUGUUUCAUUGGAUCCAGCCACAGGAGCAAUAAUGUUUGUUGUUGGCAUACUAUUUGCAUUGAUGGGCCUAUUUGAUAUUAUCUUACUUAUUAAGGUCCAUCGUAUCUACCGUUCCACGGGGGCUAGUCUUGCCAAGGCUCGGCAGGAGUUUGCCACUGGGGUAAUGAAGAAUGAGACAGUCCAAGGUGUGGCUGCUAACGCUGGGGCUGCUGCUGCCAGAGGAGCAUUUGCAGCAGGAACAGAAAACAGAUACUAAAAUAGACUGGACUUGAGUGUAAAAAAAAAAAAAAAACACCAGCUCAAGAAGAAAGAACCACUAUGAUCGUAGGAUUUUGAGGAGAACAAAAAAUAAUAAAUUAAAGGAAAAAAAGUGGCAAAACAAAGAGUCUUAGUUGUUAGAACGUUGUUAAAAAGGCCCUGGUGACCUGGAUGUGCUUCAGGCAGGGCACAGUGUAUAUCAUUGUACAUAGCUAAACUUGUAGGGGCUGAUGUGUUGUAUGUUAGGGAAAACGAGGGCCAUAGUGGAUAUGUUGUUGGAUGCUGCUAUUGUACACGUGUCUGCUUUGAAAGGGGGGGGGGGGUGAUUAGAACUACAGAUUUAUUAACAUAAAAGACAAUAAGAACCCUCUGUAUUUUAUCUUGCAAUGUCUAUUGAGGACUUGUUAUGCAAAACAAGUACCUAAAAUCACAAUCAGCUAGUUAAUGCAUUUUGUAGUUCAAUUUGGGUUAAUAGGCACGUUUUGAAAAACUAGUAUGUAUAGUAUCUGUAUCAGUUAAUGUCACAUGGUUUGUGGGACAUCCAUGCCAUUUUGUGACUACUUGAUGUUAAUAGGGUACACAGUAUUGUUCAAAGUUUUCUGCUUCAUUUUUUCAAACUGAAGAAAGGUUGAUAUGGUUUAAAAGGAAUUUGAAUACUUUCAAGUUGAAUUUAUUUUGAACUGUUGAAUUCAUUUAUAUCAUAUAUUGGUAGUUUCCAGAGAUAAGAAAAAUGAGCUUAGUUAAUACUUUGUUAAGGGAGUUCUAAGCAUGUGUUUGUUAUUUCAGAUAUUUCAGAGAGAGUGUAGGAUCUGAGUUGGCUAAUAUAAUAUAUAUCAAUAUGUGCAGAAACAGCUAUUCACCAUAUAGGUACUUUGAAUGAAGGUCAUAGUUUCAAAAACCAGUAAGCAAGAAUUUUGAUAAUGUGACCCAGGUUAGAUUUUUUCUAAGAGGUGAAGGUACAUAGACAUUUUUCCUCUGAUGCCAUUGGUAUGCUCAUCAUUUAAUAACAUCAAUUGUGAAUGUUUUGAAUUUACCUUGUAUUAAAUAACUGGGGACAUAUAUAUAAAAUGCCAAUGUUCUUGUUCAAUCUGCUGUAGCCAGUACAUGGCUCUUGGUAGAAUAUGUAUGAAGAUUUGUCACCAGUUUUAUUUGUUAAUAUUGUUUUCAAAUGAUAAUGUGUUUUUUUUUUUUUUUUUUUUUUGGUAUUCCAGUGCUUUGAGCAGCAUAUUUGCUAGAAUCUGAGAAGAUUGACUCUGAUACUUGAUGAAACUAUAUAACAGCAUAUCGCCACUCUGUAAAUAUUUGAACCAACAGUAGAACAUAAACAUCAGUUCAUUGGCCCUUGGUUUGAUCUUUUAUUAACACCGAUGCUUCUUUUAUCAUUCCAGAAAAGUAAUAACCUGUUCGCAUUCAGCAUCAAAAUUAUGAAUUUGAUGCUUUUUUUGCUUUGAAAGUGUUAGUUCUGGAAUCUCUUCCAAAAGUAAUUGUAAAUGAGGUUUGUCAGCCUAGGCAUCCUCAGGGUUUCUUCCAUUGACACUGUCAGUAGAUUGAGGCAUGUCAAAAUUUGGAUGGGUGUUACAGACUAAAUUUGAAGCCUUUCUGAAAUAACUUAAUAGCACAAAAGAGUGGCAUACUACUAUAAUAGCUAGAAUAAUAUUAAUUUGUAUAUGGCUUCACGUCACACUAGAUGAUUUCCCUUUCCUAUGCAGUUCUAGUUUCAGUGUUGGAUAUAACACUCCUAAUAGAAAAAAAUAUAAACAAAAUAUAGUAUUCUAUAAAUGAAUGCCAUUAAGAUUACAAGUGCAAAUAUUAAGGUUCCAUGUGAGUAAAUGUUAUUAGGCUAUUAACUUUGUUGUAUAUUCUGCACAUUAUCUUUAUUGUUAUUAUUUAUGUUAUUUCCAUUUUGAUGUAAAAAAAGUUUGGAUUUCAGACAUAAUGAGAAACCAAUGAAAGAAUAAAUGUGCAUAUGGAAAUA